UGAUCGAAAGCUUCGCGGUGCGGACUAACGGGCGGUUUCCAAACUGGUCGCAGGAAUUAGGCGUUCGUCCUUGUCUCGCAAGUGGCGUGGGCUGGCUGAAGCCGGUAGUUGAGGUGCUGAGGGCGGCUGUAGUGGGAGUGUUCGAGCAUCCACUUGGGUAAACCUCGUUCCCCGGUCCUUGUUCCCGGUUUCCGACCCGGCGUGGCAUUUCAUGGUUUCUCCUGUCCGUCCCCCUCCUUGUCUAAGUCCCCUCUCCUCGAGCACGUCUUGCUUUGGUCCUCUUAGUCUUCCAGAGAACCAUUGCCCCGGAGCGGCCCAUGUGCGAUCUCUGUUGAAGUUGAAGCUUGCUGUUGAAGAUGGCAGACCCAGACGUUCUCACUGAAGUUCCAGCAGCACUGAAACGGUUAGCCAAGUAUGUCAUCCGGGGCUUUUAUGGCAUCGAGCAUGUUCUGGCCUUGGACAUCUUGAUCCGAAACCCCUGUGUAAAAGAAGAGGACAUGCUGGAGCUGCUCAAGUUUGACCGGAAGCAACUUCGAUCUGUGUUGAAUAAUUUAAAGGGAGACAAGUUCAUCAAAUGCAGAAUGAGGGUAGAGACUGCUGCAGAUGGGAAGACCACCCGGCAUAACUACUACUUCAUCAAUUACCGCACUCUUGUUAAUGUAGUGAAAUAUAAGCUGGACCACAUGAGAAGGAGGAUUGAAACUGAUGAGAGAAAUUCCACCAAUCGGGCUUCCUUCAAAUGUCCUGUCUGCUGCAGCACUUUCACGGACCUCGAAGCUAAUCAGCUGUUUGAUCCCAUGACAGGAACUUUCCGCUGCACCUUUUGCCAUACAGAGGUAGAAGAAGAUGAAUCAGCAAUGCCCAAAAAAGAUGCUCGCACGCUUUUGGCAAGAUUUAAUGAACAAAUUGAGCCCAUUUAUGCAUUGCUUCGAGAGACAGAGGAUGUAAACUUGGCCUACGAAAUACUAGAACCAGAACCCACGGAAAUCCCAGCCCUGAAGCAGAGCAAGGACCGAGCAGCAACUGCUGCUGGAGCCGCUGGCCUGGCAGGCGGGCACCACCGGGAGGCAUGGACCAACAAAGGCCCCUCUUAUGAGGACUUGUAUACUCAGAAUGUUGUCAUUAACAUGGAUGACCAAGAUGAUGUGCAUCGCACCUCGCUGGAAGGGAAAGCUGCCAAAGAGAGACCCAUUUGGUUGAGAGAGAGCACUGUCCAAGGGGCGUUCAGUUCUGAAGAGAUGAAGGAAGGUGGCAUCGAUGUGGACACAUUUCAGGAGCGCGAGGAAGCCCGUGCGGGGCCUGAUGACAAUGAGGAGGUCAUGCGAGCUCUACUCAUUCAUGAGAAGAAGAGUUCUUCGGCGACAGCUGGCUCUGUGGGAACAGCCGCUCCAGUGACAGCUGCUAAUGGCAGUGACUCUGAGAGUGAGACCAGUGAGUCAGAUGACGACUCUCCACCCCGGCCAGCAGCUGUGGCUCCGCAUCAUCGCGAUGAAGAUGAGGAAGACGAUGAGUUUGAGGAAGUAGCCGAUGACCCCAUUGUUAUGGUGGCUGGCUGUCCGUUCUCCUACAGUGAAGUUAGCCAGCGGCCAGAGCUGGUAGCACAGAUGACACCAGAAGAGAAGGAGGCAUACAUAGCCAUGGGUCAGCGUAUGUUUGAGGAUCUCUUUGAGUGAGCUCUCCCUGCUUUUGCCACUGUUAGUCCAUUUCAGAGAGAAACAUCCCAUCGAGUGCUUAAGGGGCUUCCCACCUCUUUAUGUAAAGCACCUGUUAAUCUAGUACAAAAACAUAGUAGGAGAGAAAAUUUGAUUUUUUUUUUAAUGUAAGAAACUUUCCAGAAAGGUAGGUAUGUUAUAAGUAUUAGUUCCCUCUUAUUAUUAAAGUAUUAACAUUUUUCUCUAUUUCCUUAUCUAAUUUUUUUCCUUUCCAUUUUAAGACAUAUUUUUUUCACUCUGACCAAAAUGUUCCUGUUUACCUUCAGAACCCUACUAGGCAUGAGUGUUCCCUAGUAUGGUAGCUGCAUUGUGGUCAGGCAUUUGAGACAAUUCCUGCCAACCAAAGCAGCUUACCAAGAAGCAGAUCACUGCUUAGAACAAACACUUCAUCUUCCUCAAAGUUGAGUGUGGGGCCAACCUGUAAAAGUGAAAGAGUGCAGGAGAGAGGGUACCUGAAUCUUAGGUUCGUGUGUGAACGAGAGUCCUCGUCCAUAGAACCAGUAAGGCUGGUAGACUGUUUCGUUGUCAUAGACCUUGUGGGUUAUACUUUAGGUGACAGAUGACAAAGCAGGUCAGGUCUACCCUUAUGGAGAAAUUCACAGACCACAUGCACAGAGGGUAAAGAGUCUGCAUCCAGGGUUGAAGAACGGAGAACACUGGGGACUGUGCCUUAGAGCUGCCUCAGUGCCAUUUGGAAAUCUCUGGUGUAAAGCUGAGACUGGAACCACUUCCCCAACUUGUUCUAUAGACCCGUGCCAGUGCUCUGAAUUAAGGAGCCUUUCCAGUACAGAGCAGUAUAGAAGUACUGAUUCCCUUGCUCUCCUCAGUCUCUUCUAAAGGCCAUCAAGCCUCAUCAGUGCCUCUACUGUGUUGUUGAGCAUUGUAACCUCAAAGGACAUAGUCAUUAGUGUGGCGUUAUUCCUGUAGGCGGAACUUUAAGAAUAAAAGACUUUCAUAUAAGGUCUACAACAGUUAAACUUUUAUAGUAUUUUCCCUUGCAUUGUGACUUUUAGUUAUCAUUUUGUAGUAUAUGUGUGUAGCUAAGAAUGUUUUAGAGAAUCUGAGCCUUGUAUAAAGUGAGAUGGCAUAGUUACCUGGUUGCUGGAUGACUGAAUAUUGACAGUCUACUUUUACAGGUUAAAGCUGGUUAAUUUCUAGCUCUAACUUCUUGGAGCAUCACUAGAAUGAGCACUCUUUCUAUUUACAGUUGUUAGAGGCUUCUCACUGGUCAUCAUCUAAUAGCAUAGGUGCAAUUUGAUGCGAUUUAAACUUUUGGCAAUGAAUUGCCUUAAAAAAACCUUUUUAUGUAUUUAUCUUAAAUACAUGAACUGUUCAACUUUAAAAUUUUGUUUUUUAAACUUUCAUGGUUGUAGAAAGAUAUUAAUUUGAAAAACAUUUAUUUUUAAACUAUAUGUUCUUUGUUGCAUUUUAUAUGAGAUUGUAUGAGUAGUAUACAUUUCAGUAGUGGAAAAAUGUAUUAAUAAAGGCACUCAUUAAAGCUGC